CGGGGUUUUCCCAUUUUUAUGAAUGCAGCGCAAGUAAAGUGUCAUGGGAAUUCAGUCAGCUGAACUCGGCAGUCAUGGCAACAUAUGCAGCAGACAGCUUACUCCAGGAAACAACUUUCUCUGCAGCUUUUCAGGUUUUUGUUUGAGAGAUGUGGUAGGUGAAACUUGUUGUCAAGUAAGUUAUUGUCAUUAACUGUGGCAUAAGUUCAACGAGUAUCGUUAGCGAGAUACAGACAUAGUUUGACACUCUGAAAAAAAGAACGAGCGUCAACGUUAAUUAGCUAGCUAAGUGAAGUUGAAAGCUUAGCUGGCAGGCUAACUAGCUAAGCUGCUAGGUUGCUUACUUCGCAUAUAUUUAGGCUAAGUAGGCUGUAAAGUAGGCUGUAUUCUCAUGAUGUGAACAACAUGUAAGAUGGCUUGUAACCUAGCUGUUAGCUAAGUGGUUCGCGACUAUGUCCGGGGAGCGAACACCUUUGCCAGCCGGGGGGAACGGCUUACUCCGCGGGGGCCGCACGAGGUCUUACGGCAGUUUGGUCCGUUCUCCGCUCUCUCCGGUUCGCCAGAGACGCAUUGAACACAACAUCCAGCCAGGAGAAACACUACAAGGCUUGGCCCUGAAAUAUGGAGUGUCUAUGGAGCAGAUCAAAAGAGCGAACAGACUGUACACCAAUGACUCGAUAUUCCUGAAAAGGUCCCUGUUAAUCCCUGUGCUGUCAGACUUGGACCACUGUAAUAACGGGGUGGAUUUGGUUCAAGAGAACAGUGAAGAAGACUGUGCCUCUGCUCAAAAUGGGCACAUGGAGAGCUCCUCAGAGAGGAAGCAAAAUGAUGGCGAAGAAAGGGUGGCAGACCUUACUCCAGUGGAUUUUUUGAAAAGGUUGGAUUGCUUGAUAAAUCAGUCGAAGCAGGCUGCUGUCAGAGGAUGCCAGGAAGCAGAGCAAAGGGUUGCUGCCCUAGAAGCAGCUUGCACCAGCAGGACAUCAGACUGUCGGCCGCUUACAAGGUCGCAAAGUGUCAAUUUGUCUUCCAGAAUGCAGCAGCAGGCAUCACAUGUGGCAGUACCCCUAACUAUCACCAAACUCACCAAGAAACUGAGAGACCGCGAAGAUGAGAUCUUCCAGCUGUGACAUGUUGUUCUUCCUGUCGCACCCUUGAUCAUUAAAGAAACUUUCCCAGAAAGCCACAUCGCAUGGUUUGGCCUCCAGGACAGUAGAGCAUUAUAUAUAAAGUGAUCCUGCUGCUGAAUGGACUUAAAAGUAUUGUCAUACUUGCCAUAUUUAAUGUAGACCUUGACAGGUUUUUAAAAAUGAAUACUGCACUUGUAGCCUUUUUUCAUUCGUGAGAUGAACUGUAGAUGAUGUGUGAGUUUAGCUGUGUUUAGCAUGUUUUCAACAGCAGGAAACUAGCGUGAAAUAUUGAAACUGAGAAUUUGCAGUCACAAGUUGCUUCAGUCAUAUAACUCGUCAUAUUGUCAACCCAACAAGUGGUUUGUGUAAUCCUACCUCACAGCCCGAUGAUGCAAAGAUGGCCAAGUUUUGUGACUAAAACCUUUAUCCAUGGUAUGAAUAUAUAUAUAUAACUGUAAUAUUACUGUAAUAUUAGCACAAUGUUGCUC